UUCAAUGCUGCAACCACACAGUGCAAAUAUUUAACGUCAGUGCAACGCGCUGAAAUCUGUAGCGGUGUAUUUGUACAUAUGUAGUGUAAAUUAACAUUGUUUGUUUAGAACUAUACAUUUUCAGGCACAGUGACAGAGUCGAUGCAGGAGGAAGCUGACCUAUUUUACCGACAGCUUCCAAAAGUGGAGCUGCACGCUCACCUGAAUGGUUCCAUCAGCUCGGCCACGAUGCAGUGGCUCAUUGCUCAGAAGCCAGACCUCCACAUCCAGCACAGCAUGACUGCCAUCAACAGAGGUCAGCGCAGGACGCUGGAUGAAUGUUUCCAGGUGUUUGAAGUAAUUCACCAGUUGACGGACAGAGUGGAAGACAUAUUCAAGGUAACCACAGAUGUUAUAAAGGAGUUUGCUUCAGACGGAGUGAAAUACCUGGAGUUAAGAAGUACACCCAGAGAGGAGAAGAGCACAGGGCUGACUAAAAGGAAGUAUGUGGAAACAGUACUUGAAGCCAUCAAACACUGUAAACAAGAAGAUGUGGAUAUUGACGUAAGAUUUUUGGUGGCCAUCGACAGAAGGCAUGGUCCCGAAGUUGCCAUGGAAACCGUAAAGAUGGCUGAAGAUUUCUCUGUGUCCAGCGACGGUGUUGUGGUGGGGCUGGAUCUCAGCGGGGACCCGACGGUAGGUCACGGCAAGGAUCUCAUUCCUUCACUUCAGAGGGCCAGGAAUUCAGGACUCAAACUGGCUGUGCACCUGGCUGAGGUGACCAGUCAGCAGGAAGAGACUCGAUUGCUCCUGAGUCUCCCCCCCGACAGGAUAGGACAUGGUACCUUCCUUCACCCAGAAGUGGGCGGGUCACAGGAGCUAGUGGACACCGUGAUGAUGAAACACAUCCCUCUGGAGCUGUGCUUGACCUCCAACAUCAAGGGCCAGACUGUCUCCUCCUACGAUAAACAUCACUUCCUAUACUGGUACAACCUGGGCCAUCCCUGUGUCCUCUGUACGGAUGAUAAGGGUGUUUUUGCCACCGAGCUCUCCCAGGAGUACCAGUUGGCUGCCACUACCUUCAACCUGAGCACAGCUGAGGUGUGGGCCCUGUCGGAGCAGGCGAUCAACUGGUGCUUCGCCCCGGAGUCUGUCAAGCAGGAUCUGAGGCGCCGGUGGGCACAACUCAAACGAGAGAUGCACAGCUGACAGACUUUUCAAGAACCUCUGAUUGCUGUGUGUUUCUCUUUGUGGGUAACAGCUGAAAUUAAACCCAGACUUACAUUUUUUCCCUUUGUGUUGCAAUAAAACCUUUCACCUGUAUGGCUUUUAACCCUUAGCGGUCCAUUUACUCAGCACUGUCAGGUCCAAUUUAUUUUCACACUCGCUGUAUUUUACAU